AUGAAAAUUCUCAUUCUUGGCGGAACCAGCUUUGUUGGACGAUUGGCGGCCGAAGCAGCUGUGGCUCAGGGUCACGAUGUCACGCUUUUCAACCGUGGAAACCAUUCGGCUCCCAAAGGGGUGACCUCCAUCAUUGGAGAUCGGCUGACACCAGGCGGGUACGCGGCUUUGGGUAAAAUGUCGUUCGACGCCGUGAUCGACACCUGGAGUUCCGAUGCCGUCGCCGUCAAGACUGCUGUAGAUGCUUUACGGGGUCGCAUCGGCCAGUAUGUCUAUGUUUCGAGUGUCAGUGUCUACAACACCGAGGGUGCAGACCUUCCUUUUUCUGAGUCUACUCCAUUAUUUGACCCCGAGAAGGCCCCCAUAAAGUACAUCAAAGACAAAGUCGGCGGGGAAAUCCAUGCAGAUGAGUCCGGUGUGCCAACGCUUCUCGCCAGACCUACAGUCAUCUUAGGUCCUCACGAGAACGUUGGCCGUCUACCUUGGUGGCUUCGACGAGUCGAGAAGGGUGGCAAAACAUUGGCGCCAGGACCUCCCGAUUUAGGCCUUCAAUUCAUUGACGGCAGGGACUUGGCGGACUUCCUGCUGCUUGCGAUAGAGAAACAGCUCAGCGGAGCAGUGAAUCUAGGAUCCAAACCAGCUCAUACAUCAUUUGGCAACGUGCUGAACACCGCAAAUGAGGUCACAGGAGGCCGUGCGGAUCUAUACUGGCUUCAGCCCGAGAAGGUUCUUGAGGCUGGGCUAAAGCCAUGGACAGAGCUUCCUUUGUGGAUUCCGUCGGACGAAAUGUCCAUAUACUCAUUCGAUGUUGACAAGGCUCUCAAGCUUGGCCUACGGAUUCGGUCCGCAGAGCAGACAAUUUCAGACACCUGGGAUUGGCUAAUGUCUGACGAUGAGCCACCAGAAAACUUGGGUAAAGGUAUAGGUCUUGAUCCGGAUAAAGAAACUAGCAUUCUGAAGAGAUACUUUCAUGCCUAG